AUGAAUCAUGUGGAUGUGCACUCGCCUGCGUUUGGUCCGCUUGGCCGGAUUCUGCAGCAAAGCGAGGGCUGCCGCACCGCCUUCGUGGGGUGCGACGCAUCGGGAACCGUCGUGUUCAAGAUUCAAGGUGGCAAUAUCUGCUGCAAUUUCUCUCUAUUCGGUGGAAACGUAGUUUACGAGGUUCUCUCGGCUGAUGGCUCUACUAAAAUUGGGGCAAUUGAGAAGGUAUGGUCCGGCAUAGGAGCCGAGUAUUUCACAGACGCGGAUGUUUACUCCCUGUCGUUUCCUAUGGAUCUUCACGUCAAGGCAAAGGCACUGCUCAUGGCCGCAGCCUUUCUUAUU